AUGUGCCAGCCCCAGCAACAGUUGCUGCUGGCCCUGCUGCUUCUGCUUUCCUGUCCAUGGGCCAAUACCAGUGCUCUGCGGGGUCAGAUUGUGGGGGGCCAUGAGGCUAAGCCCCACUCCCACCCAUACAUGGCAUACCUGAAGGCAGGGAUGUAUGCCUGUGGAGGCUUCCUGGUGGCCCCUGACUGGGUGAUGACAGCCGCCCACUGCCUAUCUGGGAAUAUCACAGUCAUCCUGGGGGCUCACAACGUCCACGAACCAGAAACUACUCAGCAGGUCCGAGGAGUUAUCAAAUACUACCAGCACCCGGAAUACAACCCUGAAACCACGUCCAAUGACAUCAUGCUUCUCAAGCUGACAGCAAAGGCAACUCUCAAUGACUAUGUCAGGACCAUUCCACUGCCCAAGACCAGCAGCGACCUCCCCACAGGCACCAAGUGCAGCAUAGCUGGGUGGGGCCGAAUCGAUAAUGACCGUGCUACCGACAAGCUCUUUGAAACCAAAGUCUCCAUCUACAGCCGCAGGAAGUGCAUCCAGUUCUUUCCACAUCUCAACACCGGCAUGGUCUGUGCUGGCAGCUUCCAUGAGCUCAAGGAUUCUAGCCAGGGAGAUUCUGGUGGACCCCUGGUAUGCAAUAAGGUGGCACAAGGUGUCGUUUCCUUCGGGUAUGACAACCCGCCCGGGGUCUACACCCGCAUCUCCAACUACCUGCCCUGGAUCAAAAACAUCAUGAAGAAGUAG